GAAUGUCCUGAAUGUCAUCUAACGUAUAUCGAGUAUCGAGGAGCAGCAAGAUGAGUCUCGAGCGAUCGGCGUGAUGCGUUAAUCAAUAAGAUUAACUUGUCCCGAACCAUACUUCCUUAGCGAAGGUUUAUACGCGACACCAGAAGAACUUGAAAAUACUCGCGAGGUCACUCUGCAGGUGAUGACCAUCGGAACUUUCAUCGAAGAUGCGGCAAAGAAAGAUGACUUUACAGCCGUCAGCUCAGCAUUGCGCCAAUAUCUUCCUGAAAAAGAUACUCCGUAUAUCUUGGACAUCGACCUCGAUUUCUUUAGUACUAAAAAUCCGUUCAAAGAUCUUCAUGAGCGUGUAAACCUUUACGACAAGUUGGCUCCUUUGUUUACGUAUAAGAGGGCGGAAUCAAAUGAUCCAGAGGUUCUAAAAGAAUCGAUGAUAGAAAGGAACCAACAGCUCUCCGAAUUGAAGGAUCUUUUCGGCUAUUUAGAAGAACAUCGUUCUUUGAAAGGUUACGACGGUUCGAAGACAUCACGGUACGAAGCCGUGGAUCGGCUAUUUCAAGAAGUAACGAGCGCCUACAGAGACCCGGAGAUCGAUUGGAUGUUAGUGUACAAUGCAGGUUCCACUAUAGAUGACACUGUUCUACCCGAGCAUGUGACGGAGCCCAACGAUCUCGAUCGCUUGAUCAAUGGAACGUUCAGACUAUUUUUGACGGCUCUCCCUACAUCUCCAACAAUCGUCACCAUAGCCAGAUCUAGUGAGGACGAUUACACUCCUCUCGAAAGCGUUGAUCAAAUUCAAGUUGACGUUCUCGACCAACUUCGCGAACGACUGGGACCGGAAAUAGAUAUUAAACUGAUUUAUCAAGACGAAGAACCACAAUAAUUUUUAAAAAAGGAUGUAAGCUUUUAUUCUUUCCUUUUAUCCUUUAUAAUCCCGUCUUGUCAGAUUGUCAAAUAAAGGUAUAACCAGCA